AUGGCGUCCUCAACGCCAAAUAUAACCGUCGAGCCUCCGUCUUCCGCCAUCGAAACACCGCAACCCAUAACCUCGAGCGACGCCAACUUAAUCCUUGUCCCUAGCCACUCAAGAUGGUUCUCAUGGGAUUCCAUUCACGAAUGCGAAAUCCGUAACAUUCCCGAAUCUUCCAAGAACCCUAGGGUUUACAAAUACUACAGAAACUCUAUCGUCAAGUUUUUCAGAUUCAAUCCCAACAGAAAAAUCACAUUCACAGAUGUUCGCAAAAUCAUAGUCGGUGACGUUGGUUCCAUUCGAAGAGUCUUUGAUUUUCUUGAAGCUUGGGGUUUAAUCAAUUAUCAUCCUUCUUCUUCGCUCAGUAAACCUCUCAAAUGGGAAGAUAAAGAUGCUAAAUCGGACGCAGCGUCAAAUUCUACGGAAUCUCCUUCUCUGGUGCCUGCCAAUGAAGCUAAGAGAAUCUGCAGUGUCUGCAUGGAUUGCUUUGCCUGUGAUAAGAAUAAUAGGAAGUUGUGUGCGAGGUGUUUCAUUCGUGGGAACUAUCGAAUUGGUAUGAGUAAUACAAAAUUUAAGAGAGUGGAGAUAAGUGAGGAGACAAAAAAUGAAUGGACUGAGGAGGAAACACUGAAUCUUCUUGAAGCUAUUACAAAUUUCGGGGAUGAUUGGAAGAGGGUUUCUCAUCAAGUUGUUGGUAGGACCGACAAGGAAUGUGUUGCUCGUUUUCUAGAGCUUCCUUUUGGCGAUCAGUUGAAGCCUCCCGUUGAUGCUGAAUGGGAAUCCGAAAUUGUUGGGUCGGGUAAAUCUAGUAAGAGAAUGUGUCUCACACCUCUUAAUGAUGCUAUCAAUCCUAUCAUGGCUCAGGCUGCUUUCCUUUCUGCUUUGGCAGGGACGGAGGUUGCACAAGCUGCAGCUCAAGCUGCUCUGACAAGUUUGUCCAUUGUUUACAAAUCAACUAGAAUUAAUUACCGGUCAUUUCCAAGGAAUACAUUGCAGCAAGAUGCUUCUGUUGCAUCCGAUGGUGGUAAUGCUUCAGAUUCUAUCCAAGGAUCUCUAUUGCGUGCAAAUUUACAGCUUGAGAAGGAAGAAUCAGACGUGGAAAAAGAUAUUUAUGAGGUUAUAGACGUUCAGAUGAAAAAUAUCCAGGACAAGCUUAUCAAUUUUGAGGAUUUAGACGUGCUGAUGGAAAAAGAACGCCAGCAGUUGGAGCAAACGAAGAGUUUGUUUUUCCUUGAUCAGCUCAAUCUUUUAUUUCGUAAAACAUCUGCACCAACGACCGGAGAAGGCAAUCAUGUAAAAAGUAAUUGAUGACUGACGAGUCUUAGUUAGCUAUUGAUCUUAGGUUUAGCUGAGUGUAUUCAAUU